CCCAGCCUCGCGGCGGCUGCAGCCGCAGCAACAGGCGGCGGGCUCGCCAAGGGGCGGAGGCGGCGAAGGGGCGGGGAGCGUGAGGAGGAGCGAGCUGGUCCUGCGCCGCCGCCUCUUCCCCGCCGCAUGGACGAGCACCUCAGCCUCCUGCGCUCGCCGCCGCCGCCGCCCUCAACCCGCCACCGCGCCCACCCUCCGCAGCACCCGGCGAGCCGCGGCGGCGGCGGCGGCGGCGGUGGUGGUGGCGACGCCCACACGCUGGUGAACCCCGGCUACGCCGAGCCCGCCGCGGGCCCCGAGCUGCCGCCCGACAUGACGGUGGUGCCUGGGGACCACCUGCUGGAGCCUGAGGUCGCCGACGGCGGCGGGGACCCGCCUCAGGGCGGCUGCGGCGGUGGCGGCGGCUGCGACCGCUACGAGCCGCUGCCGCCCGCGCUGCCAGCCGCCGGGGAGCAGGACUGCUGCGGGGAGCGCGUGGUCAUCAAUAUCUCCGGGCUGCGCUUCGAGACGCAGCUCAAGACCCUCUGCCAGUUCCCGGAGACGCUGCUGGGCGACCCCAAGCGGCGCAUGAGGUACUUCGACCCGCUCCGCAACGAGUACUUCUUCGACCGCAACCGGCCCAGCUUCGACGCCAUCCUCUACUACUAUCAGUCCGGGGGGCGCAUCCGCCGGCCGGUCAAUGUGCCCAUCGACAUCUUCUCCGAGGAGAUCCGCUUCUACCAGCUGGGCGAGGAGGCCAUGGAGAAGUUCCGCGAGGACGAAGGCUUCCUGCGGGAGGAGGAGCGGCCCCUGCCCCGCCGCGAUUUCCAGCGCCAGGUGUGGCUGCUCUUCGAGUACCCGGAGAGCUCCGGACCCGCCCGGGGCAUCGCCAUCGUGUCGGUGCUCGUCAUCCUCAUCUCCAUCGUCAUCUUCUGCCUGGAGACGCUGCCCGAGUUCCGCGACGAGAAGUACUACACCGCCUCGCCGUCGCAGGAGCUGUUUGAGGGGGGCAGCAACAGCACGUCGGGGGCCCCCGCGGGGAACUCCAGCUUCUCGGAUCCCUUCUUCGUGGUGGAGACCCUGUGCAUCAUCUGGUUCUCCUUUGAGCUGCUGGUGCGGUUCUUCGCCUGCCCCAGCAAAGCCACCUUCUCGCGAAAUAUCAUGAACCUGAUAGACAUCGUGGCCAUCAUCCCGUAUUUCAUCACUCUGGGCACCGAGCUGGCCGAGCGACAGGGCAAUGGACAGCAAGCCAUGUCCCUGGCCAUCCUGAGGGUCAUCCGGCUGGUGCGGGUCUUCCGCAUCUUCAAGCUCUCCCGCCACUCCAAGGGGCUGCAGAUCCUGGGCCAGACGCUGAAGGCUUCCAUGCGGGAGUUGGGGCUGCUCAUCUUCUUCCUCUUCAUCGGCGUCAUCCUUUUCUCCAGCGCGGUCUACUUUGCUGAGGCAGACGACCCCACUUCAGGUUUUAGCAGUAUCCCGGAUGCCUUCUGGUGGGCUGUGGUAACCAUGACAACGGUAGGCUACGGUGACAUGCACCCGGUGACCAUAGGGGGCAAGAUUGUAGGGUCACUCUGUGCCAUCGCUGGUGUCUUGACCAUUGCUUUGCCAGUCCCUGUGAUCGUCUCCAACUUCAAUUACUUCUAUCACCGGGAGACGGAAGGGGAAGAGCAAGCCCAGUACAUGCACGUGGGAAGUUGCCAGCACCUCUCCUCUUCAGCCGAGGAGCUCCGGAAAGCGAGGAGUAACUCCACUCUGACUAACAUCCAUCAAAGUCUAGAAACAGAUGUUUUCAGUGCUGCUGAGAGAAACAAAAAAAUGUCCUAAUGCAUCUGAGAGAUAAGCUUCUGCAGUAUCACAAGAAGAUUAAAGUGGCAGACACUCCUUUCAGCGGAAGUUACUAAUUCGGACCUGACUGAUGCAGUUCCCAUAGCAACCUGUGUUUCCCGGGAAACCCGAAAAGGUUGUCAUGGCAUCUCUUGCUCUCUAGCCCCACCCCCUAGCCCUUGCCGUUUCCACUGUAACCUUUCCAGAUGGUUCCUACUUACAUGAUUUCACAAGGAAAACCGCUAUUUGAAUAAACCGCACAAAUAAAGUUCAGUCUGAGAAUCUGAGGUGGUGAAAUGAAUUACAAAAAUGCAUAUUUGUACUACAAAAAAAAAUCACUGAUGUCAUCCCCAUAAUUACUGAAUCGACAAGGAAAAUAUCGUCAUUGGAAUGUUAAAUAUACACCACAAUAAACCAUGAUUUGAAUUAAA